AUGAGCGCGGCUCAGCCGAACGAAGCGGAGAAGAACAUCGAGAUAUGGAAGGUGAAGAAACUCAUCAAGCGGCUUGAGGCCGCUAGAGGAAACGGAACCUCCAUGAUCUCUCUUAUCAUUCCCCCCAAGGACCAGAUUUCUAGAGCAGCAAAGAUGUUGGCGGAAGAGUUUGGCACUGCGUCUAAUAUCAAGUCUCGUGUCAACCGUCUUUCCGUCCUUUCCGCUAUCACUUCGACACAGCAACGUCUCAAGCUCUACAAUAAGGUGCCUCCGAACGGUCUAGUGGUUUACUGCGGUGAAAUUAUCACCUCUGAAGGAAAGGAGCGCAAGAUCAACAUCGAUUUCGAGCCUUUCAAGCCAAUCAACACCUCGUUGUAUCUCUGUGACAACAAGUUCCACACUGAGGCUCUCAGUGAACUUCUUGAAUCUGAUCAGAAGUUUGGUUUCAUCGUCAUGGAUGGAAACGGUGCUCUGUUCGGUACCCUGAGCGGCAACACCAGAGAAAUUCUGCAGAAGUUGAGCGUUGAUCUGCCCAAAAAGCACGGCCGUGGUGGUCAAUCAGCGUUGCGUUUCGCUCGUCUUCGUGAGGAGAAGCGCCACAACUACGUACGCAAGAUUGCUGAGUUGGCUGUUCAGAACUACAUCACCAACGACAAGGUCAAUGUUGCAGGAUUGAUCUUGGCCGGUUCUGCCGAUUUCAAGAACGACCUGAACCAGUCCGAUAUGUUCGACCAGAGAUUGCAGGCUAAGGUUAUCAAGGUUGUUGACGUGUCUUAUGGUGGCGAGAACGGUUUUAACCAGGCUAUCGAACUGGCAUCUGAGACCUUGAGCAACGUCAAAUUCGUUCAGGAGAAGAAGCUUAUCGGAAAGUACUUCGAAGAAAUCAGUCAGGAUACUGGAAAGGUCUGUUAUGGCAUUGACGAUACAUUGAAGGCUUUGGAGCUUGGUGCGGCCGAGACACUGAUCGUCUAUGAGAACCUUGAUGUCACUCGCUACGUUCUCAAGAGCUCCAGCGGUUCGGACGUCGUCAUCCACACUACCAAGUCACAGGAAGAGAAUCGGGAACUCUUCAUGGACAAGGAGACAGGCGCUGAGAUGGAAGUUAACGAGCAGCAGUCGUUCCUUGAGUGGCUUGCUGAAAGCUACAAGGACUUUGGAGCAACCCUGGAGUUCGUUUCCGACAAGUCCAGUGAAGGAAACCAGUUUGUCAAGGGUUUCGGUGGUAUCGGAGCCAUCCUUCGGUACAAGGUCAACUUCGAACAGCUUGCUGACUACGAUGACGAGGAUGAAUUCUACGACGGUACGUUUAUCUUCAUAACCAUACUAUUUCGUGUGCUAACCACUCUACAGAUUGACGGUUCCGCGGCCUCGCAGAGAGCGAGGAUGAACGGCCAGAAGUUUCCGGUUCGGACCUUCUGA